GCCGGAAGUGUUAGUCAGUACGUGGCCUUUUCAUUCCGGACGGUAGCAGUAGGAGCCCCUCUUCACACCAAAAUGGAACUGGAGGACAUGACCAGAUACACCAGCCCGGUGAACCCGGCAGUGUUCCCGCAUCUCACCGUGGUCCUGCUGGCCAUCGGCAUGUUCUUCACCGCCUGGUUCUUCGUUUACGAGGUCACGUCGACAAAAUACACCAGAGACAUCUACAAAGAGCUGCUGAUCUCUCUCGUGGCUUCUCUUUUCAUGGGGUUUGGAGUGCUGUUCUUACUGCUCUGGGUCGGCAUUUAUGUAUGAAGGAGACUGAGACAAGAAUUAUGACACAUUCCAGUGGAGAGGAUAUGACUCACAACACUGACUGGAUUUUGGAUUUAAUUGGACUGCACUGACAAUAUUUUGGGAUCAUAUGGACUCUGGGUUUUGUUCCAUGAGUAAACGGGCUUUGUACAAC